CGAGAAGUUCGACCCGUUUCUUAUAGAAAACAAUAGGCAUCACAAUUCUCCGUGACACUGUCGCUGUUUUACUGAAAGUUAAAGAAAAUUCACAAUGGCGAGGAGGCGAUUGUUGCUAUUAUUAAAGCCAUUCGAUGUGUUACCAACACGCCAUUCUGAUGACAUUUCUUAUUUCAGAAACGCUAAGUUAUUGCAGGUAUUAAAAUAUCUAGACAGUAGAUGUCUGGUUCACAAGGAGGCUAUAAACUUCUGUCAGAACAUUUUAAGGAAAAAGUUUGUUGAUUGGGAAGCUGUUUAUCGUUUUAAUCUAUGUCGGCCGAUCCGUGAUGUAGAUUUAGUAGUUACAAUAGGGGGAGAUGGUACAUUACUCCAGGCAAGCCAUUUUAUGGAUGAUUCCAUUCCUGUUCUUGGAGUAAAUUCUGACCCAACUCAAGCAGAAGAGGUUGAAGAAUACAAUAAAGAAUUUGACGCUACAAGGAGUACAGGAUAUCUUUGUGCGGCAACUGUCAAGAACUUUGAACAAAUAAUAGAUGAUAUCCUUGAAAAUCAUGCUAGACCUUCUGAAGUCUCAAGGAUGUCAGUCACUCUCAACUCAAAGCUACUUCCGACUUACGCAUUAAAUGAUGUUUUGAUUGCCCAUCCUUGCCCUGCUACAGUUUCUCGAUUCUCAUUCAGUAAAAAGAAAGAGGACCAGUCUUGUUCUUCUAUGGUGCAUUGCAGAUCAAGUGGACUUAGAGUGUCAACAGCUGCUGGGUCAACAGCUGCAAUGCUUUCAGCAGGUGGAUUUGCAAUGCCAAUUUUAUCCCAAGAUCUCCAGUAUAUAGUGAGAGAACCCAUUGCUCCAGGAGCUUAUAAUAGCCUGAUGCACGGUACUGUGAAGCCUGAGGAGUUGAUGGAAAUUGCAUGGUAUUGCAAAGAAGGGCUGAUUUAUAUUGAUGGCUCUCAUCUUAUUCACUCUGUUCAACAUGGGGAUAUCAUUGAACUCUCUUCCAAAGCUCCAAAAUUGAAAGUUUUCUUGCCAUCUCACUUGAUAUCUUGAGAGUACAUAACAGAAUUGAGUUCUUGUAAAUUUGUUUACAUGAAGAUGUAAGGGUUUGGCAGAUUCUCCCUUUUAGCUCUUGCAACCCUUUCGUAAUAGUGCACACUGCUAAAUGGUGAUAGUUUUACAAUUUCUCAGCUCAAAAGCUACAGGGAAGACGGUUGUGGCCUAGGAUUCUGCUCUCUAGAUUGCAACUCCAGAAACCCUAUUACUAGGAGAUGUGGAUCACAUUUCAAAGUAGUUCUAAUCAUGCAAAAAAGGUAGUUUCUGGUUGAAGAGGCUUAUAGGCUUGUAACAUUGUUAUAGUAUGAACAUCGAGGUGUCAGAGUUGAGUCCUCCUUAGGGAAGUGUUAUGAGGUUUAUCUA